GCCUGCUCCCUCGACCUCCUCUCCUUCCCUCUGCAUUCUCUGUCGCCUUCCGCUCCCUCUCUUCCUCUUCCUCUAUAUAGCUUCAGGGAAUCCUCAUAAACACACUCGAUCACCUUCGUGCUAGCUACUCCAGUAGAUAUUAGCUCGUGCCCGCCGGCCGGUGCUGGUGAAGAAGCUACGGCGGCGCGCCGCUCAGCUUGGGCACCGACGAUCGAUCAGGCGAGGGAACGAUGGGGCGGUCACCGUGCUGCGACAAGACGAAGGUGAAGCGGGGGCCGUGGUCGCAGGAGGAGGACGCCGUCCUCCGGAGCUUCGUCGAGAGGUUCGGCAAUGCCGGCAAUUGGAUCGCCCUGCCACAGAAAGCAGGGCUGAAACGAUGCGGCAAGAGCUGCCGCCUGCGGUGGCUCAACUACCUCCGCCCAGAGCUCCGGCACGGCGGCUUCACCGACGAGGAAGACAGCCUCAUCCUCUCCCUCUACGGCGACAUCGGAAGCAAAUGGUCGGUGAUCGCGUCCAGGCUCCCCGGACGCACGGACAACGACGUCAAGAACUACUGGAACACCAAGCUCAAGAAGAGGUACUUGGCGUCCACAGGAGAAGGAAGGCCGCCAUCACCACCACCACCACCACCACCACCUCCUGCUAGCGACGACGACAGCCAGUCCCGGCACGACGAACCCCCUCCGCCGACUCCACCACCCCUCGCCAAUCUCGACGAUACGGAGUACACAGGCGGCGGCGCCGUCGACGACGACGCGCUCCUCCUCAAGUCGGAGCAGCUGUACGCCGAGCUCGUGGGUCUCAUCGAGCAGCAGUCGUCGUCGUCAGCCGCGACGACGCCGUCGUCCUCGUCGGGAACAAGUAGUCCGACGGCAAGCAGUUCAGGUAGCUGCACCGGCACCACCGUGUGGGCGCCCAGCAUGGACGUGCACGACACAACACUGCUGUCCGAGUCCAGCAGCAGCCUGUUCGACGCUUACGGUGCUGGUGACGCGUUCGGAGCCGUUUACUCCUUCCAAGACCUCCUGGCCGCGUCUUACGACGAGAUUACCGCGGUGACGCAGGAGUUACAGUACUACUGAUGCAUCGGGAUGGCUUGGUCAACUUGGUGUCGUGUGCCAGUGCCACCAGUAGUUGGGGCUUUGGGCUAGCAGGCAGUACGCGAUUAGAUGAUAGAUAGAUGAUGGUGAGAAGAGGACGUCACGAUGAUCGUUCGCGCAUAUAUUAUAUUAUGGACUGUCUAUUUAUGUGUCAACAAAUUAACCAUCGGAUUGAAAUCCAGUAGUUCAGAUUCA